CUUCUCGCGAUACCCGACGCCCGACUUGUGCGCCCGGGAAACCCCGUUGCUCCCUUUCCCCUGGCUGGCAGCGCGGAGGCCGCACGAUGCCUGGAGUUACUGUAAAAGACGUGAACCAGCAGGAGUUCGUCAGAGCUCUGGCAGCCUUCCUCAAAAAGUCUGGGAAGCUGAAAGUCCCUGAAUGGGUGGACACUGUCAAGCUGGCCAAGCAUAAAGAGCUUGCUCCCUACGAUGAGAACUGGUUCUACACACGAGCUGCCUGCUUCAGCUGUAGAGAGGACUCUACUUUGCUUGAGAAGGAUCCUCACAUCUCACACACACCCCACCCAGCUUCCACAGCACGGCACCUGUACCUCCGGGGCGGCGCUGGAGUCGGCUCCAUGACCAAGAUCUACGGAGGACGUCAGAGAAAUGGGGUCAUGCCCAGCCACUUUAGCAGAGGCUCCAAGAGCGUGGCCCGCAGGGUCCUCCAAGCCCUAGAGGGGCUGAAAAUGGUGGAAAAGGACCAAGAUGGAGGUGCCAGGUCUGUCCUGCCGUCUGCACCUGCCCCUCAGGCGGGCAGGGGAUUCUGCAGAAAAGCGAACAGUGAGGGGCCUCACCCCGACCUCUCUGGCUGACUACCCCAAGCUCCAGGAAGGUAAUUUAGCGACUGUCCGCUUUCAUUAGCCUGCUCGUUAACUUUUCCCAAUUGAUUUUUCGGGGCUUUUGAUCUCAUGCUUGCACAAACGACACCCUGGCAGCUCCCAGGGGGGCUCCCACCCCUGCCCCCAGCUCGUUAGAAUGCAGCUGACUGGGGCCCUCAGUGGGACUUGGCUGGUGUCAUGUGGUCCCAUGGCCAGGUGCCUUCUUGGGAAGCCUGGCUUACAUCCAGGGUGGGCCUGGCAGUGACAUGG